GGUUGAGCUAUUCCCGGUAUUCUAUACACGCUCUACAUCGACCACAUACCAUUCACGGAAACAGCCUUCAGCAUUCGAAGUGUAAUGUCUUCACAUAAGUGAAUGAAGCAGUCCUGGUGAUGGCGUCACGGAUCGGUCUUGCACUCUACCGAGGACGACGUUCACUCCUUCCACUUCUAAGUAGCAUUCUUAUUGAAACCUUGGAAGUAUCAUGAUACCACCACUGCCUCUGGGACCUGCAUGAUCCAUUGAGAUAACCCGAACGGAGUGAUGAGUGGCUCCAGCCAAACACCAUACAGCUUGCUGUCGAACCAGCGGCGCUCAGGAGAGCAGCGUCCUAGCAACAAGCGGGGUCCUUCCGGAGGAUGGAGCAGGCUGAAGACUCCAAAUAUCGAUUCCCUCGAGGUGUAUGGAUAUCCCUCGAAGGGCGAGACCAAGCUCAACGACCCUAAAGCCCAAGAAUCCCUUUACAAUAAGAUCGUAGAGCGCUACAUGAAAUUCUGCGCCUCCUCCAGCAGCGGCGACGAACUCGACAAGCAAUUCGCCUCUCUAUCCCUCAGCUCGACCUCCCCCUUAGCAACACCGAGCCCUCCGGCCCCUCCGCCCUCUCGAGCCUCGAGGUCGGGAAGUAAUGCCUCGAACGCCCCCCCCUCCCACUCCGUCGAGCUGGCGACCAUCUUGACUGCUCUCCGAAAGCUUCGCGAAGCAAUAGUCGCCACAGCCCGCCGGGAUGUAUUCGCACAACGCGUCUACAUCUUCAACAUCCAUGCCGCGAUUCUCUGCAAGGAGUGGGAAUCGUACGCCCCCGCACUCAUAUCCCUCCUUACAAAGAUCCACUCCCAGUCGCCAUUGCCCGCACCAGAACUCCACGAGUUCGUCGGAUUCUGGAUACUAGACCUUGCGUGUCGGCAAUCGGACAUAAUGGCCGCCUAUACCGUCAAGACACAGUUCAAACACGAGGACCGGAGAGUGGGGCUGGUGCUCAAGGCAUUGGCGCAUGAUAACUGGGUGCUGUUCUGGAAGAUGCGGAGGGCGGUGGAUGGGUAUCAGAGGCGGAUUAUGGAGUUCGCGGAUACGGGAAUGAGGUUGCAUGCGUUGAAGUGCCUGGGGAGAAGCUACAUGACUGCAGACAGGGCGUAUGUGGAGCGUUGUACGGAUAGGAAAUGGGUGGAUCUGGUAAAGGAUGGGGUUGGAUGGGAGCUUGCUGAAAGCGAGAAGAUCGUGAUUAGGAGGCCGAAGGUCAAAUGAGCCGAUGGUCAAGAGGCGAGGAUGUGUGCGUCAAUACUAGGUUCUUGUCAUGAGACUUGUAGCAUUUAUACCUUCGUAGGGUACGGAGGAGUGUUUUAGCGUACAGCGCUGCUAAAUCUUAGGCCUUCGACUGGACCAAGAGAAUUGUUCGUAGAUUAAAACAUGUUAGAUACCCUAAAAGAGAUGCGAUCAUUCUUACCAUGCACACCUCUCUACUGCC